AUGCCGUUGUGCUGCGUAGAGUGCAAGCCAUGCAACGGCCACUGCCUGCCAGGGCCGCCGGGGGGGCUCUUCAAGAGCCGGCGCCCCGCGCAGCUGCUCCGCCGCGCGCUCGGCAAGAUGAAGGUGGGCGGCACCCGCAGGCGGCCCCGGCGCCCCGGGAGCUUCAGCUCCGUCCGCGCGGUGUUCUGGCCGCUCAUGUCCAUGCUCUCCGAGGCCGACGCCCGCCCGCCGACGGACUCCCCUGACGACACCGUCAGCAGCGGGGCGCGCGCACCGCCUCCGUCCGUGCAGGACGACGGGCGCCGCGCCGCGUCGACGACGGUCGAGCGGGUGCUCGCGCUGCAGGCCCGGGUCGGCGGCGAGGCCCCGCGCUCGCCGCCGCCGCCGCAGCAGCUGACGACGGCGGUGGCGUCCAAGGUGAGUGUGGCGGCGGCAGGUGACGAGGCGAAAGCCAUCGUCGUCAGGCAGGGCGACGUCGGCGGCAACGUGGAGGCAGCGUGCAGGAGCUUCGAGAGGCACCUGAUGGAGAAGCUGGUGGAGGAGCGGAAGGUGAUGGACCUGACGGACGUGGAGGAGCUGCUCUGCUGCUGGGAGAAGCUGAGGUGCCCGGCGUUCGUGCGCCUGGUGGGCCGCUUCUACGGCGAGCUCUGCAUGGACUUCUUCUCCUCGGCCCAAGACGCCGACGACGUGUGGUCCUCCCACCAGUCAGAGGACCUCAGCGUCUGA